UAAACCGUUCUCCUACUGUGCUCGAAUAUGAAAGACUCAACUCUGUCUACAAUUUAACGUCCUUCAAUGCUUUGUAGCUUUCCAAAAUGACCCGCUUCCCGGGUAAAUACAUUAGCCACUCCUCAUUGCCGGCCGUUCGACGGACCGCGGGCGGAAUUUGGCCGGUUGAUUGUAUAUGAAGAUCGAACCUCCUCAUUUAUAACUUCACCGUGCUUGGGUUGUUCAUUUGCUCUGGCUACAGCUUGCGAAAUACAAAAUGGCCUCUCCUAUUCCCCGGGGCCUCCGCCAGGUCCUCCAGAAAAACCCCAACGAUAUCGUUAUUCUCUCCUCCCUCCGUACCCCAGUAACUCGCGCGAAGAAGGGCGGCUUCAAGGACUCCUAUCCGGAAGAACUACUUGCCAAUGUGCUCCGCGCGACUCUGGAGGCAAACCCAAAGCUCGACCCGGCUCUGAUCGAGGAUGUUGCGAUUGGAUCUGUCUUGCAAGAGCUCGGUGGUGCUAAAGCCGGCCGUAUGGCGCAAAUCCACGCUGGAUUCCCCAGCACAGUCCCCUUCCACACGAUCAACAGACAAUGCUCGUCGGGAUUGGCAGCUAUCACGACAGUCGCGAACGGGAUCCGCGCCGGCGCGAUCAACGUUGGUAUCGGUGGAGGAAUGGAGUCAAUGACCCGGAACUAUGGAUCUCGGGCUAUUCCCACGGUGCUGUGGCCAGAGUUGAAGGAGUCGCACUCCAAGGACUCCCGCGACUGUAUUAUGCCCAUGGGUAUCACUUCGGAGAAUGUCGCUGCGCGGUACGGCGUCAACCGUGCGGAUCAGGACACUUUCGCGGCUGAAUCGCACAAGAAGGCCACUGCUGCGCAGAACUCCGGUCUCUUCGACUCUGAGAUUGUCCCCGUCAAAACUUUGUCGUUUGACCCAGAGAACCCAGAGACACCACCCAGGGAGAUUGAAGUCACCAAGGACGACGGUAUCCGGCCCAACAUCUCCGUCGAGAAGAUGGCCAGCCUCAAGCCUGCGUUCUCAGCGACUGGCACCAGCACCGCCGGUAACAGCUCCCAGGUCAGCGACGGUGCUGCCGCAGCUUUGCUGAUGCGCCGGUCUACCGCUACUGAACUCGGCCUGUCAUCAUCGAUUAAGGCGCGCUGGGUGGGUAGCUCCGUCGCCGGCUGUGCUCCCGAUGAGAUGGGCGUUGGCCCCGCAGUCGCAAUCCCUAAGCUCCUCGAGACGCUCGGCAUGGGCGUGUCUGAUGUCGGCAUCUGGGAGAUCAACGAGGCGUUCGCCUCGCAGGCUCUGUACUGCACGCGCAAGCUCGGAAUCGACGAGGCCAGGGUUAACCCUAAGGGCGGUGCUAUUGCCAUUGGUCACCCGCUUGGUGCUACUGGUGCUAGACAACUUGCUACUCUGUUGCCAGAAAUGGAGCGCUCCGGGCUAGAGGUUGGUGUUGUGAGUAUGUGCAUUGGUACUGGUAUGGGCAUGGCCGGUAUGUUUGUUCGGGAGUAGUUCCUUGUAUAGUUUAACAUUAGGUUCUUUGCAUGUAUGAUAUAACAGUGCAUAUGUAUGUAUAUACGAGGUUAUACGAUUUUCAAUCUCAAAGCA